UCUGUGGCGAACAUCGAGACACCGGUAGAUCGUCUGUUUUUUGCGAUACAGACUAGUGUUUUAAUAUAGUGACUUGCAUUCUUGUGAUCGUGGUGUUGUUAGAACGGGAUAAUGCACACUCCUGAAAGUUUUAAAUUGUUCGGCCAUCACCAAGUGGACCAUCACAGUGCUGGGUCGGUAGUGGUUGAUUUAAUUCCUCCUCAGUACAUGGAAGCUGCUGGUCAUCCGAGUCAACCUAGUCCUCCAAAUACACCACCAAAUAACAUGAUUUUUAAAGAUGGUGGCAGUCCACAGGCCCAGUCAGACCUUAGUAGGAGCCCUAGUGAAACGUCACCAAACGAAUCCAAUAUAAGGCGAUACAGGACAGCAUUUACCAGGGAGCAACUGCUGCGAUUAGAAAAAGAAUUCUACAAGGAAAAUUACGUGUCCAGACCACGCAGAGUCGAGCUGGCCGCCAUGUUGAACCUGCCAGAAAGCACCAUUAAGGUUUGGUUCCAAAACCGACGGAUGAAAGACAAACGUCAACGCAUGGCCAUAGCCUGGCCAUACGCCGCAGUCUACAACGACCCCCUCUUCGCAGCCUCCCUCCUCCAAGCCGCGGCCUCCACUGUACACUACCCCCCUCAGGGACCCAUGUACCCCCCUCACUACCCUCGAUACCCCCCGUAUCCGCCGUUCGCACAUCCCGGAGGACCUGGUAUGCCUGUUCCACCGCUUAAUCUCAUACACCCACCACCCAGUAUGAACUUCCCAGCUAGUCUGGGAACUCACCAAGCGCUUCCUCAACACCAAGGACUGAAUAUUAACUUGAACUUCGGGGAUGUGCCGCCCUACCAGCAAAAAAUCUCACCCACAGACUCGCACAGGUCGGAUCUGAGCCUGAGUCCGCCUGCCGAGGCGUUGCUCAUGCCUGGCAGGAUCAAUUCUGGACAGAUGCAUAUGGAGGGAAGGGAUAAGCAGCCCAAAUUGUUUAAACCCUACAAUUCGGAAGUGUAAACAUAGAUGGUUUAGUUUGUCACGGAGAUCAUGUAAGUUAGCUUGGAUACAUUAAGAAACAUUUAACUAUAUUUAAAAUCUUUUUUUUUUUCAAGAAAUUCAAUUAAAUAAUCAAGAUU